CUCUCCGCGCCUCCUCUCCCGGGGUGCCCUCCGUGGAGUGUCCAUCUGAAGUUCACUCCUCCGCGGACUCUACGCGCGCUCUCCUCCAUGAGCUCUCCACUCUCCGGACACGAUGCAUCUGCUCGUUUUUGCCACUUUGUUUGGAGUGCUUUUCGACGCAGGGGGCGCUCUGCAGAUCCAGUGUUACCAGUGUGAGGAGAUGAGCACCAACGACUGCUCCACCCCCGAGUUCAUCGUCAACUGCACCGUCAACGUACAGGACAUGUGCCAGAAGGAGGUGCUGGUCAAACCCGACGGUAUCCACUACCGGAAGUCGUGUGCUUCGUCUGGAGCGUGCCUCAUUGCAUCUUCGGGGUAUCAGCAGUUCUGUACGGGCCGUCUCAACUCCGUCUGCAUCACCUGCUGUAACACGCCCCUGUGUAACGGCCCCAAAAGGAGGAAGCCAGUGCAGUCAGGGAGCCCCACACUGGACCAAAGACUCCCAGUACUACUACUGCAAAUACUACUACUGCAGCUGCUGGGGUGUGUGACGGUCUGCACGCUGGUACUCUCCACGUAGAGGCAGAUUCACGUCACUGAAACAUCAUUACCACCUUUGAAUGUACAGGACUACACCCAGCUUUGGCAUUUGGACCACAAACUGUCCAGCUCUAUGGAAGUGCACUAUCACUCGGGACUAAACCUGGACUAACCCUGGACUAACCAUGGUCCAAACUUGUCUAACUUUCCCUCUUUUCCGUACAGUGGCUUUCUCUUUAUCUCUCUAUCUUGUUUUUUUUCUGAUGAUGCCACUGCAGAAAGGACUGUACAGAUGAGUUAUUUCAUUUGCCUGUUUUGUGUCAUAUUUGUGUUGACUCUAUAUUCCUUAGGAGGCUCUGUCAGGUUGUAA